UUUGGAAUUAUCGUAAUAUCGAAUGAUUAUUCUUAGGAAGAAAAUUACUCUGUACAUGCACAUAUCUUAAGUUGCUAAAAGUUAAAUUACAAAGUUAAAUUACAUGUAAUGGAUUAAUAGUGUAGGAUAAUUAAAAAGAGUGUCAUUUUUUAUAAAUUACGAAAAAGUUACUUAUAUCUGAACUAAGAAAUGUCAUAAAUAUCAUAAAACGGAAGCAGAAGAAAUAACAUUGAAAGAGAGAAUGAGAAAGAGUAAUAUUUUAAACGUAAAGGUUAGGUGUUAAAUUCUACUCAAAUCAAAUAAAAUAUUUAAUUAAAUAUAAAAAAAAGUUAAAGUAUUUACUUAGUUAUGUUUAUUCCAAAUUGUUUGUUUCGGUAUAAUUUUUGCAAAAUAUUAAAGAAUAUAUACUUGCGUAAAUAAGAAUAUUACUUUCAAAGUCGAAACAAUCAUAUAAACAUUGAUGUAGGAGCAUUAUAAAUUCAUAAUUUUAUUUUGUAUACUUUGUUUGAUAGAGAAAUGAACAUCUUUUUGCCCAUUAGCAGUUGGUAGAUAAUGGUAUUAUAUCAUGAGACGUAAUUUGAUAUGCCAGUUCUGUUAGAUGGGAACACUAUCUGCUUCGCAUGUAUAUACAAGUUUCCGGUGAACCAAAAUAAGAAGAGAAACCUUUGUUUGAGUUAAUGAAUUAAAAACUAUUUGAAAGUGAUCUGUGGAACAGUAUAAUUCAGAGAGAUGAGGACGGAAAUUACAGAGUCACAACCUUUCAAAAACUUAAAAGAAUUAUUCGAUAACGUGGGUAACUUGAAACCAUGGCCAGAAAUUGGAGAACUACGAGAUUCAACUGAUUAUGUGUACAGUGGUUUAGAAAUAAGCGCAGGAAGAACGCGGUUAGAAAAAUUGGAUAGAGAAGUACAUCCGAAAACGUUGCUCUGUCAUGAUAUGAAAGGUGGCUACCUAGAAGACAGAUUUAUAUAUGGAUCAGAAUCUUAUGAUUCUUACCUAUUUUAUCACUGGAGUGUUAUUGACACUUUUGUGUAUUUUAGUCAUCAUUUCAUAACUGUGCCCCCUUUUGGAUGGAUUAAUGCAGCACAUAAUCAUGGUGUAAAAGUUCUUGGUACUGUAAUUACGGAAAGAGAAGGUAUCUGGGAUGUUAUACUUGAAUCUCAUGAAGAAGUAAGAAGAUUUGCAGAUGCACUAAUACUUGUUGCAAAAUUUUAUAAGUUUGAUGGCUGGUUAUUAAAUAUUGAAAAUACCAUUAAAAGUGAGCAAGUUAAUAAUUUAAUUUAUUUUGUAAAAUAUCUAACAGAAAAUAUUCAUGAAGCAAUUAGAAAUUCUGAAAUUAUAUGGUACGAUAGCGUAACCAAUGAAGGAAAAUUAAAUUGGCAAAAUGAGCUUAACAGUAAAAACAUAGAUUUCUUUUUAAACUGCGAUGCCAUUUACUUGAAUUAUAACUGGAUGAAAUCAAAAUUGAAAAACAGUUUGGCACUUGCAAAAAAUCACAGCAGAGAUAUUUAUGAUAUUUAUGUAGGACUUGAUAUUUGGGGAAGAGGUUGUCCUGGCGGUGGUGGAUUUAAUUCAUCAUAUGCUUUACAAAAAAUACGACACGAAGGACUUUCUGUUGCACUUUUUGGUCCAGGUUGGACUCACGAAUUUUUCGGAUCUAAGACAUUCCAAGAAGUAGAAGAUCUAUUUUGGGCACAGUUGUUUCCUUAUUUAUAUGUUCAUGUACCUAUCUACGAAGAAGAACUAUUCAAAACAUCAUUUUGCCGUGGCAGUGGUAGCAUGUAUUAUCGCUGUGGUCAGUUUAUGCAGGCACUAUAUGAAAGGGAUGGAAAAAGAUUUAAACACAAACCAUUUUACAAUUUAUCCCUGCAAAAUCCACAAAUUUCAGUACCUAUACCGCACAUGAAAUUUACAUCAUCGCCUCAACUUCCAGAACCGAAAAGUGAAAACGAUCGAAGUGAGUGUUCAAAAGAACCGAUACAAUAUGUUUAUGAAACGAGGAAGAAUGUUAUUCGAGUAUUAAAAAAUGUUGUAAAUAUUGAAAAUAAAAUGCCAAUGCUAUAUGUAAAUAGCUUCGAAUUUUGCAGCGAGUUCUCUUUCAGAGGUGGUGGUUGCAUAGAAUUAACUACAAAUGAUCUUACAACUAGGUCAUAUCACAGACUAUUUCUCGUUCACAUCGAAUUUCAACAAGACAUUGUAGCAAUCAUUGCUUAUAAAAAAAUGGAGUCGUCCAUAGCAAAUGGAAGUCAACCCGAACCAAUACUAGUUCUCGGCAAUAAUACAUUCUUAAAAUCCAUCGUUCAUUAUAAAUCAAGGAAUUUGGUUGCCAACUGGAAAAGAUGUGUUUACCGAACGAACAUGAGGACUGUGAACGAAAUUGGUAUAUCUUUUGCGAGGAGUAGCGUCUGCUAUCUGGGAAAGAUCGUCCUCAAACAAAAGCAUCGACACCUGGACGGAAGGGAAUACCGUGUGAGCGAGCCACUUCCGCAUUCGACCGGAAACUGCAAUGAGUACAGCUGUGGAUCCGAGGGCCACGCUGAGUGUUCGCCAGAGGACUGCGUGCCCCUUCUCCCCAAGAUACCACUUGCAUCAGAUAUAUCGGACGCACCAGAAGACGAUUUCGAAAUUUUCAACCGUGCCAGGGAUCAAGAAAUCGACGAGAACUUCUAAAGAACGAUUAUCGGCUGUUUCAUGAAAUUUUCGAACGCGUGACUCGCGAGAGACUCGGCUUUCACGUAAUCGCGGUCUUCUACGUGUUUCGCCUUUACCUAUUAAGCUUUUCUUCCUUAUUCGGAAUUUGUUGAUCGAUAUGAAUUAUACGCGAAGAUUGAACAAUGUUAAUCAUUACGUUAACGUUAAAAUGAAUUAUUUAAAUUUGUGUGGUUUUUCUGAUUUUGAAAAUGACGAAUGAAGAGUUAGUAUUGUAUAUAUACGUGAAUCAUAGUUUAAUUUUCAUGAAAAUGGGUCAGGCAGUUCAUUUUUCUCGUGCGUCUUUCAAUCAUUCCAUAAACUAUUGUGUCUGUCUUGUAUCCGUGGGAUCCCGUGUCCGCUUAAAAAUGGUUGUAUGCUAAAUAAAAGAAAAUCCUACGGUA